AUGGAACUGCUGGAGAAAGUAAUUGUUUAUCCCGAGCAAUCCACUCUCAAUAAGCGAGUUUUCUUGUCCAAUAUUGACUUAUGUCUUGUUGUUUACCAAGAUAAUAUCUUCUUCUUUGAUCCUCCAAGUAGCGAAAUGAGUUUUUCUAAAAUUUUCAACAAAUUAUGCAAUGCAUUUGGUAAAUUGCUUGUGCAUUAUGAUUUUAUGGCUGGUCGACUUGUGCAAAGUUUGGAGGACAGUCAUCGGUUUGAAAUAGACUGUAAUGAUGCUGGUAUUGUGGUUAUUGCUGCAAGAAUUGAUAGAAAGUUGAGUGAAUUUGGUAAUAUUUUUGCACCUAAUCAAAAUUUAGAGAAAUUUGCUAUGUUCCAGGAAGAAGAAAUUGACUUGAAAGAGAAACCCCUUUUAUCGGUACAGCUGACACAAUUUGCUUGCAAAAGUUUGGCACUAACUGCUCACUACAACCAUUGUACACUAGACGGUUUAGCAGUAAGAGAUUUUGGGGCAAACUUGGCUGCAUUAACACGUGGUGAUCCCCUAAUCGUAGUUCCUUUUGCAGAUAGGACAUUGCUAAGAGCAAGAAACCCACCAAAGAUUAGUUAUCCACAUUUUGAGUAUGGAAAAGCUACAAACAUUGAAAACUUGUUUAGUGUUCGUGGAAUAAGUGGUGGCAUUAGUGUAAGACAAAAUGUGACACAAAACCAAAUUCAGAUUCUUUAUUUGUCUCCACAGCAAAUUGCCAGCUUUAAAAUGAAAGCUAUUAACGAUUGUAACUUAAAGAACGUGACUACUUUUCAUGUUGUUGCCGGUAAAAUAUGGAAGGCGAGAACUAUUGCAACAAAGAUGUUAGAUGAUAAAGUGACGGCAAUGUUAUUUCCUGUGGAUGUUAGGAAAAGAGUUUCUCCAGAACUUCCAUACGGCUUUGCAGGCAAUGCUUUGGUUCCUGGAUUUGCAAGAGCAACUGUGAAGGAGCUCACAGAAUUAGAGGAUGCUUAUCAUAUCAGAAAAGUACAAGAAGGAAUUGAAAGAUUGGAUGACGAGUAUAUUAAGUCAAGCAUAGAUUGGUUAGAAUUGAACAAAGGAGUACCUUGUAGGGAAGAUAGUUUCUCAUUGGUUUCAGGGUUGAGAUUGGGGCUUGAGGACCAACAUUUUGCAUGGGGUAAAUUAAAAUGUUCAACACCACUUACUGUUAAGCCAGGUCUAGUCAUGCUAUUACCAGCAGCACCAGGUGAUGGAGGUCUUAAUGUCUGUCUGGAUUUACCAGAAGAUCAAAUGUACAUAUUUCGUAGGAUAAUGCUAGAAUUCUAA